AUGGGAUUUUCCAUGUCACACACCAGCAAAAUGAACAUGCUUGACCUCAUUGGUGGGCACUUUUCAGACAAAGUGGUUGAAGAAGUUACAUGCGCGAAGAAAAUUCAAGGCAUUGGUGACAACUGGGACGUGAAAAUACAUGCACACGAUAUGCUUUCAACAAAUCAAAACACUGAUUUGCACUACUUUGCUUCAAAUCUUAUCGUUGAGCGUGUACCAUCAGAGAAUCGGUCAAAUGUGUCCCCACAACUUAAGAUAUCUUCCCCCCAUAACACAGCUUUCCUUCUUGACAACAACGAGGCCAACAAGUUGAGAGAUGAUAUAAAAGUGUUGCUUGGAAGAGUUCUGCUGCAGAAAAUACCGCACUUAUCGUUUUUGAAACAUGUCAUUCCCAAUCAUGCACAUCUGUACAAGAAAGAAAUGUCCAAAAAAUCAAUCAUUGUUCCUUUACCAAUGAUGAUGAAAGAUGAAAAAAGUAUGAAGAUGUAGUUGAUAUUCUUGAUGGUUAUGAGCAGCAUUUGGAAAAUAUCUUUGUUAAAGCCGAUGUCAUUAAAAAACCAGUUGAGGAUACCAAUAGCGAAACACCUCCAAUAAUUGGCAGACAGUCAGCAUCAGCAGAUCAAGCAAGGGCGCAUUUCAACAAAGAUGAUGAGAAGGAUUAUAUGAAGAAGAUAUCUGUAUCGUUUGGGGGAGCCAGAUGGCCAGGGUGA